GUAGGUGCCUGGACGCUGCGUGGCUGUUGUGCAGGCGCAGGGCCUCUAACUUGCCGCCAUGGAGAUCUUCCUGCGUCGCCAUCACCCGGACUCCCGGCUCUGGGUUGUGACUUUGCCGCACGGCUUCACCGGCCUGGAGCUCAAACAGCGCUGCUGCCAGCAGGAGGGCCUCCCCAUUGCAGAUGUUUACCUGAAAUAUAAUGGAAAGCUGGUUGAUGAAGAAGGGGAGCUGCAACAUGGAGGAGUUUACAGUCUGGAACAAAGACUUGUUGGAGGGAAAGGAGGUUUUGGGUCGAUGCUUCGUGCUCUUGGAGCGCAAAUUGAAAAAACUACAAACCGAGAGGCCUGCCGGGAUUUAAGCGGAAGAAGGCUGCGAGAUGUAAACCAUGAGAAAGCUAUGGCAGAAUGGAUAAAGAAGCAGGCAGACCGAGAAGCAGAAAAAGAGCAGAGGCGAUUGGAACGAUUACAACGCAAGCUUUCUGAGCCAAAGCACUAUUUUUCUGACCCACAGUAUGAGCAGCAGUUGGAUGAGAUGUCUGAGCGCCUGGAGGACUCCGUGCUUAAAGGCUUGCAAGCAUCAUCAAGUGCUGUGGUGUCAGCAGAAGGUGGAGCAGUUCGAAAACGUGCACACCCUUCCACAAAUACAGAGGCAAAGGAGGGAAAGAAAAAAUGUCUUUGGAUGGGAACAGAGGAUUUAGAAGAAUCUGGGAGCUCUGAUGAAGAGAGCACAGCAGGGAGCUGCUCCUCCAAUGAGGCUACACCUCAUUCCGAGAGCUCCUUGGGGAGUGCAAGUGUGGACAACAGUAGCGUUGAUGACAUGAGGGACUCGCCUGCCAGGCCCCUUGCUGACUUGUAUGUGCCUGAGCCUGCUUCAGUACAGCGGGAAACUCUAAACCAGACAGAACCAGGAGCUAGCAGCGAAGCAGCAGCAAACAUUUCGAGUUCACAGGACAGCCACAGGCUUUUAACAGAAGAGGGUGCCAGAGAAAGUUCUGAAGACAAGAUAGUCAAUACACAAGAUGUUAAUGCACCAAAGGUUAAUGAACCUGCAUUGAAAAAUUGGAUGGCACUGAACUCUGUGGAGGAGCUUGAAAGUUUAGGACUGGACAGACUCAAGAGUGAGCUGAUGACGCUGGGGUUAAAGUGUGGGGGCACCUUACAGGAGCGUGCAGCAAGGCUUUUCUCCGUGAAGGGACUGACCAAGGAAAAAAUUGAUCCGACGCUGUUUGCCAGAUCAGUCAAAGGGAAAAAGAAGUAAGAGUGACGAAUUGAUUUUUUUUUUUUGAAGGCUUUCACGUUUUCCUACUGAGGAGUCCAGAAUAAAUGACAAUUAAAGGAAGAAGAAUCAAAUUUAUUUCCACACCAGAAUCCUUUUAGAUAAGUACUUGUCCAGUAAGUCAGAAUCUCCUGAACUAUUUCAAUGAUGUGAACUGGGAUUUCAUGAUGAACGUGUUGACACCAGCUUCACCAGCUCAUUGUGCUGGACAGUUAGUAAAUGGCUCUUCAGAUCUCUUCUCAAUGCAUCGCCUUUACUUUCCAGACAAUCCACUCAUAAUGUUAGCCUCUCUGAAUCUGUAUCUUGAUGGCAGCUGCCUGUUGACGGUGGGCCGUGCUUGGAGCUGGAGUCACAUGAAAGCUGUGGGUUAAGACUGUCGGUUAUGUUUUUAAUUUCUUUCAUAAAAAUGCUGAAAAGAAGCAAAGAAAGUUCAUUUUUCUUCUGUUUUCUUUCUUUUCCAUCUCCAGCUCCAUUGAUUCCUUGAUGGGGUGCAGCCCCAUGGGUGCCAGCCACUACUGACUCCAUGGGCCCCAGGAACCGAGCCAUUCUCUACUGAGCCUUACUCACUCACCUGCGCUGUCUAACCAGCCAGGAGUUCUGUACUUCAGGCCUGACUCAUUGGUCUGUCCCCACACAAGACAAGGUUUCAUUCAACUCUGCUCCAGCUAGCUCUGACCCAGCAGUGAGAAAGAAGUCUCCAUGUCCUAUCAGCUACUUGGGUAAACCCCACUGAUAAUGUGGGGGUGGGAGGGCUGUUCCUGUGCCUUAACCAACUUGUCCCUAUGGGACGCAUGUGUGCUUUUCACAUUGGACAAACUGAAACCCUGUUGGUGUGGGCUCACUGGUUUGGUUUGAAGACUUGAGUGUGUGGUGAUGGGUCAAAGACCUGGCUGACCUCUCCUUGCCUCUUUGCUGGAAAAUAAUGGAGGAAAUGGAAAUGUAACAUGGGAAGAUGUACAACACGUGCUUUUGUUUUGGAUUUCCAGCAUCCGCAGUUUUUUGUUUUUAUUUUUUACUUGCUUUUAUAAGGUGGACAAUGAACAUUUACAGCAAUGGGGAGGUAUCCAUAAUAAAGCUGCCUUGUAGAAAGUUAA